AGUAACUGUAUCAUUAGUCUUUUCGCCUUUUCAGACGCCUUCGGCGUAUUUAUUUAUUUUUAAAUAUAUUUAAAAGUUGGCUGGGGAUGACGAGUAAUCAACUUGACGUCGUAGGUAGAUAAUAACCAAACAGUUCUGAAUACAACAGUUAAUGUGUUUCGGACACUGCAGGGAAUUUGGUUAAUUUUGAGUGAAAUUUAAAAGGAGCAACUGUUUAAAUGUAUUCCGUUAGAGAGCCAGUGGCAUUUAAAUUAGUGAGGCAGUGAGUGACAUGUUUGCGACUUGUUUAAACGGACAUGUGGACAGCAGCAGGUCUCUGAAAGCUGUACUGCCGCUAUAAUCAUGUGUACUGAAUGUGUAAAAACACGCUGGACGUCGUGCAGUUUCGGCGCGCGAGUGUACAGGAACGUCACCGCGCGCAUGUUCGAUCCCUCACGCUGACGUUUUAGCUAAUGAAACGACGCAGAUCGCAACACGUCACCGGCAUUACGCGACUUCCGUUUCUUUCCGGCUGCAAAGUUACUGAUGGAGCGAUUGACGGGUCGCGUCCCUGCCUGGCGGACCUGUGACCUAAGGAGACUUCACAGAACUUAUUGAGGAAAGAACCACAACGUGGUCGAUUAAGAAAUGCUGCAUAUCUUGACUCAUAAAAUGCUUGUACACGAGGCACACGCUUGCACCCCCCUGGUCCCCAGAGCAGCUCCCUUCCUCGUGCCUUCCCUCGCCUGACGGACGGUGUUAGAGCUCUGCUCCCUUUCCUGACAAGAGAAGACUUCGCCGUUCCGAGCCCCAACCACCCGUCCAGGCUGUUCGGACAUGUCAGGACCCGUACCGAGUCGGGCCAGGGUCUACACAGAUGUAAAUACGCAUCGGCCCCGGGAGUACUGGGACUACGAGUCCCAUGUGGUCGAAUGGGGAAAUCAAGACGACUACCAACUGGUGCGGAAGUUAGGACGUGGCAAAUACAGUGAAGUUUUUGAAGCAAUAAACAUCACCAAUAAUGAGAAAGUAGUGGUAAAAAUACUUAAGCCUGUUAAGAAGAAGAAAAUCAAGCGUGAGAUUAAGAUCCUAGAGAACCUUCGUGGGGGUCCCAAUUUAAUCACACUUAUAGACAUUGUUAAAGACCCUGUGUCUCGGACCCCGGCCUUGGUUUUUGAGCAUGUCAACAACACAGAUUUCAAGCAACUCUACCAGACCCUCACAGACUUUGAUAUAAGGUUCUACAUGUAUGAGAUCCUUAAGGCUUUGGAUUACUGCCACAGCAUGGGGAUCAUGCACAGAGAUGUCAAACCACAUAAUGUGAUGAUCGAUCAUGAACACAGAAAGCUGCGACUUAUCGACUGGGGUCUGGCUGAGUUCUACCACCCAGGACAGGAGUACAACGUCAGGGUGGCUUCACGCUAUUUCAAAGGCCCAGAGCUGCUGGUGGACUACCAGAUGUAUGACUACAGUUUGGAUAUGUGGAGUCUUGGAUGCAUGUUGGCCAGCAUGAUUUUCAGGAAGGAGCCUUUCUUCCAUGGCCAUGAUAACUAUGAUCAGCUGGUGAGGAUAGCGAAGGUCCUGGGCACUGAUGACCUUUACGAUUACAUUGACAAGUACAACAUUGAACUGGAACCUCGGUUCAACGACAUUUUGGGAAGGCAUUCUCGCAAAAGAUGGGAGCGCUUUGUACAUAGCGAGAAUCAGCACCUGGUCAGCAGUGAGGCACUGGACUUCCUGGACAAGCUGCUGCGCUACGAUCACCAGUCGCGGCUGACAGCCCGAGAGGCCAUGGAGCACCCCUAUUUCCAUCCUGUGGUGAAGGACCAGCCGAGAGCAGGCGGAACGGCCAGCGUGACUGGCAGCAACACACCUGUGAGCUCAUCCAGUAUGUCAGGUGGGCCAGGGAUCUCCACCAUGCCAGCUUCCUCUCCCCUCGGCCCCCUGGCCGGCUCACCUGCCAUCUCCUCCACUGGCACUUUGGGGACACCAGUGGCUGCCACUGCUGGAGCAUCCCAAUAAUGUCCUUUCAACAUGUGCUGUUGUCUAAGCAACUGCAGCACCAGGAACAAUCGACCAGCCUCACGCAGCCACUUAUUCUGGCUGGCCUGGUCUGCUGUCCAAAGGUUCGAGGAAAUUCAGACACUGAGCUGCCUUGCUUUGUGGGUUUUUGAAGUUAACUGAACUUGUUUAUUUUUCCUCCCUACCCUUAUGUCAGAAGUUAUUUCAUAAGUUUAAUACAUGACACACAAAUAAGUACUGUAUCUUUUUCUUCACUUAACAGUUAAACUGUUCUCCAGUUGUCCAAAAAUGAAAUAAAAUCAAAUUUCAGUUGAUGAGCAAAAGACACUCUUGAGAAAGUGGACAAGAAAUUAAUCCGUCUGGAUUCUGCUUUCAGCCCUGUAAAACUUCCUCUAAGGAGAAUGUGAAAAUGCGGCAACUUGAGUACCUUGUUUUGCGUUUGUGUCACAGCAGAAGCAGAUUUCUUUGCUGUGCUCAAAGACAACUAGUUCCAAGAUGGCUUGUAUUUUUUUUUUAGUGUUUUGCUACUUUAAACAGUCUGCAUGUUGGUUUUUUAAUAAUUUAAUCCUUAAAUUCACUUUAGUAGCAUAAC